GCGUUUGUUUUGAAAACCUCUUCCUCAACGGUGAAUUCCGAAAACGCGGCGCUCCGUCAGCUUCCAACAAAAGGAGAAGAUAGGGAUAGCCGAAAGCCCCAAACUUUGCAUCCAGCAUCAUCGUCACGACGCUGCUUCUGGAGUUUCUAGCUCCACACGCCACCGCGGACACUGCACUUCCGUCAUCGGGAUCCACCAUGGCGAUGCCGCACCGUGGACCGUCUCUUGAUCUCUGGGCCGUUCUCUCCGAAUCCAAGCGCAUCAUCAACGCUCACUCUCGCCACUUCCUUGCUCUCUCCGUCAUCUUCCUCCUCCCACUUUCCUUCUCUCUCAUCGUCUACCCUACCCUCCAACGCCUCCUCACCGAUUCUUUCUCCUCCAACUUCCACGUUCUUCUCCGUCUGACUGUUCAUUUCCACGAGCAACCACCACCACUGGUUGACCAUAAUACCCUUUGGCUCUCUCUCCUUUAUUCCCUUUUCGUCUUCAUUUUCUCCCUUUCUGCCGUCGGUACCAUCACUUACAGCAUAUUCCAUGGCUUCUACGGCCGACCCGUCAGGCUUGUUUCCGCAAUCAAAUCUAUCUUCGCCUCCUUCUUACCCCUCCUGGUCACCGUCAUCGUUUCUCAGAUCAUCGUGUCCUUGAUCACCCUUGUAUUCGGGCUUCUCUUGCUUCUGGUGAUUCGAGGGAUUGAGCUCCUAGGGAUUCAAAUUGAAUACUCUUCCCCUUAUUUUAUCGGCUUCUCUGGGAUUCUCCUGCUUGUUCUGUUGCUUGUGUUAGUGUAUCUGCAAGUGAACUGGACCUUGGUAUCGGUGGUAGUGGUAGUAGAAUCGAGUUGGGGCUUGGAGCCUCUGAGACGAAGUACUGGUUUGAUCAAGGGGAUGAAAGGGGUGGCUUUGUCUUCGUUGUUGUUUUUCGGAUUCUUUGCUGGUAUUUUGGUUUGGAGCAGUUGGAUUCUGACGAUGGGAUCCGAUAGUACUGCCAACGAUAUGUGGAGUAAUUGGGCUUUUGUGGCGCAAAUUGUGGUAACUUCCACUUUUCUUAUGCUGCUUCUGCUUUACAACACAGCAGCGAACACUGUGCUGUACAUGUAUUGCAAGGCUAUUCAUGGUGAGCUUGCUCUUGAGAUUGCUGAGGAGUUUGCCAGAGAGUAUGUUAGUUUGCCUUUUGAUGAAGGAAAGGUUCCUCACGUUGUUUCAGUUGUUCAUGUAUAAAGUUAGAUACCGAGGUCUGUGCUAUGAAUAAUGUCUCUUUGUAAACUUAUGUAAGUCUUAUACCGUUCACCAGGACUAAGUGUAUAAAAUUAAAGACAAGUAGGCCAGGCAAGAAUGUUUUUUUAGAUGUAUCAUACUGUCAUUGAAAGAAGGAAAGAAUAAAAUGUGUGACCUGUGAAUACUUACCAUUCACUAUCUGAAAACAAGGUUGUACUUCUUUU